AUGGAAACAGAAGUUGCUGAUACUGCGACGUAUGAUGUCAAGUUUCUAUUUCUGAAAACUAUUAGGAUUAAUAUACCGUUAUGCCUAUAUUCCAUUACAUGCUUUAUGUAUCACCCGAUUUUUCAAUCACUUAUUUAUCAAAAGGCAUGUUUGCAGUAUGGUGAUCGAAUAGGCAUUAAUGUGAGCUGUUCACAUCCUCAGAUUUCAUCUAAUAUAGAAUUGCAGACAAUAGCAAAUUGGAUACUUUUGUUGAGCAAUGUUGCGAUUUGCUCGAUCGGGAUUUUUACAUCUGCAAUGAUUGGACGACUUGGUGAUACGAAAUCUCGAAAAGCGGCGUUGUUAAUACCAUUCAGUGGACUUGUAUUUGAAGGUAUCUCAUUGGUGGUGCAGUCAUAUUAUAUGGAGCUUUCAGUGUAUUGGUUAGUUGGGAGUGAAGCGCUUUUCGCAGCUUUUGGUGGCUAUAUGUCCAUUUUUUCGGCAUUUUUUGCCUAUGCCACUGAUUCUAUGUGCACUUAUCCACCAAAAUGUCGAUCAUUAAUUAUCGCAGUUCUGGAGGGUGCUAUUGGAUUUGGAGGUACAAUCGGUUACUUAUUCACAUUCUUGCUGAAGUUUUGGGGAUUCGUUGGUUUUUUUACAGCAUUUCUGAUAAUAUAUAUUAUUUGUUUUGUGGCAGUAUUUUUUCUUCCAUCCAUUAACAGAAGUACAGAAACAGCAUACAAAAAGGAUAUGUUUGGAUUCGAUCUAGUCAAAUUUUUGUGGCAGCAGAAAAGAAUUGGUACUUUCAUAGCCCUGAUCAUAGCAUUCGCUGUUUCUUUUUUCACAUUCAUAGGUUCAACUCACAUUUUAUUCUAUUAUCUAAAAUAUCGAUUUGGCUGGGAUGCUGCACUGUAUGGAUUCCUUAAAGGACCCACGCAAGGACUCGCAGUGUUAAAUGUAAUGUUUGUUUAUCCAUUAUUGCGAACGCAUAAUUUCACUGAUCGAACGCUUGCUCUUAUUGGACUAAUUUCAAGAGCGUUGGGUAGACUGUGGCUUGCUAUUGCAUGGAAUACACCAUCUACGUUUUUAUUGGUGCUUUUCGAUUCGUUUACACGUUUUGCUGCUUCUGGUAUGAGAGCAGUCUCGGCCAGCAUCGUACCGACUAAGAAUCAUGGCUCCAUGUUUACGUUAUUCGCGGUAACUGAAGCAAUGAGCAACUUGGUGGCCGCCAUAAUAUUUCAUACACUUUUCCCGCUAUCGCUCUAUUCCUUGCCUCAAUUGUCAUUUUACAUUCUUGCUAUUGUAAUGAUAAUUCCAACAGUUAUACUUUAG